GUAAAAUGGCUCAGAGAGGAGUCCUGCAGGAGAAAAUCUCUUGUUCCAUCUGUUUGGAUCUACUGAAGGAUCCGGUGUCUAUUCCUUGUGGACACAGUUACUGUAUGAACUGUAUUAAAGACUGCUGGGAUGGAGAAGAUCAGAGGAGAAUCUACAACUGUCCUCAAUGCAGGAAAACCUUCAGCGAGAGGCCUGUCCUCAAAAAAAACAUCAUGCUGGCAGAGUUGGUGGAAGAUUUGAAGAAGACUGGACUAAAAGCUGCUCCAGCUGAUCACUGCUAUGCUGGACCUGAAGAUGUGGCCUGUGAUGUCUGCACUGGGAGGAAGAUGAAAGCUGUCAAGUCCUGCUUAACGUGUUCAGCUUCUUACUGUGGGGAUCACCUCCAACCUCACUAUGAUACUCCACCAUUAAAAAAGCACAAUCUGGUGAAUCCAUCCCAGAAGCUGCAGGAGAACAUCUGCUCUUGUCAUAAUAGGGUGUUGGAGAUCUUCUGUCAUACUGAUCAGCAGUGUAUCUGUUAUCUCUGCACUAUGGAUGAACAUAAAGGCCAUGACACAGUCCCAGCUGCAGCAGAAAGAGCUGAGAAGCAGAAGGAGCUCCAGGAGAGUCGACAACAAAUCCAUCAGAGAAUCCAGGACCAAGAGAAAGAUGUGAAGCUGCUUCAACAGGAGGUGGAGGCCAUCAAUCGCUCUGCUGAUAAAGCAGUGGAGGACAGUGAGAAGAUCUUCACUGACCUGAUCCGUCUCCUCCAGGAAAGAAGCUCUGAUGUGAAGCAGCAGAUCAGAUCCCAGCAGGAAACUGAAGUGAGUCGAGUCAAAGAUGUUCAGGAGAAGCUGGAGCAGGAGAUCACUGAGCUGAAGAGGAAAGACGCUGAGCUGGAGCAGCUCUCACACACAGAGGAUCACAACCAGUUUCUCCUCAACUACCCCUCACUGCCAGCACUCAGUGAGUCUAAAGGCUCAUCCAGGAUCGAUAUCUGUCCUCUGAGACACUUUGAGGACGUAGCACCAGCUGUGUCAGAGGUCAGAGAUCAACUACAGGACGUCCUGAGAGACUCAUGGAGAAACAUCUCAGAUGCAGUAGCUAGAGUGGAGAUUCUACUGUCAGAACUAGAUCCAACUGCCAUGGAAAUGGCUGGUCAAUGUUUAAAAACUGUAUACCAUACCCCUGAUCACUCAAGUUGGACACGCAGGCCAUUCGUCCCCCUGCCCCGCUCCACAGCCAACCCUCCACCCCCACCUGCAUCCUCUCUUUUCUCCACAGCUGAAUCCCCACCCCAACCACUCUUCCGCCCACCACCAUUAUUUAUGAUGAGAUCAAGGGGACGAGCGGGGAGACGGCUAUGAAAACCAACUGGCCUAGAAAUCUUAGUUCUGGUACUGGCACCGGGACAUUGACUGAACCAACAGUUCCUCGGAGCAGGGCUGUGCAGAGAUCUUUGAAGCUGCAGGGUUUCAUCGUUAAAAAGGUUCAUUGAACAAGAUCUUAAAACAACGUACAACAACAUAGCAACAACCCAUCAAGAAUCUAAUAUUUAAUUGGAUCCUACUGUGUCCCUGUCAUCAUGUGGGGACAAUGCAAAGCAAAUGUAGUCUUUUUUCUUGAUAGGUGUAAAGUUGUGGUUUCUGCUGCUGACAGCUGAAGGAUUAUGUUGAUCUGAGACUGUAGCUGUUAGACUAUAGGAGAGAAGGUCGCUGGUUAUGAAGUUAUGAAAUAAGCAAAUUUCCUGCUUUUUUACUAAAUAAACCCAAAUAAUAUCUGACUGUCCAUAACAACUUGGCUGCUUUAAACAUUGAAAAAGCUCAGAGGGGUUAACUCUGCAUAAUGUUUUUGAUGUUAGCACCUCUGAGAAUUUUAAGACUCAGGAAUAUCAAGGCAAAGAAAACUCAGUAGCUGCUGGUAGGGCCCGUCCAGACAUUCAGGGGCCCGUCCAGACAUUCAGGGGCCCGUCCAGACAUUCAGGGGCCCGUCCAGACAUUCUAUAAAUACUUGAAUGUAACACAGACCAGAGAUGCAGUUUCACCCUCCUCAACUUUACCUUGAGCCUGGUGUCUUAACAACAUGGAGGCAGAGGCACUAAUAAAAGAUGAAAAAAGUGGCUUGCAAGCAGGAAGUGAAGAUAUUUGACUAGAGGGAAUCCUCUUCAGGGAUUUUUAGUUCUUUAGAGCCACCUACUGGUAGUUUGGUGCAGCUGCAUGCAAGACGUUCUUCAGCCACAUGCUCAGAAAAAAUGGAAGCUGGUGGAGACUCAUGUACACAGAUGUCACAGGAAACUAUCAACAAGUGAUCACUGAACUAAUGAUCCCUUAAACCGAUGAUGGGGACCCAGCAUCUCCAAGAGACUGUGGUAAUUUGGACCAAAGAAACACGAUGUGCAGGAGUUUUAUAAUACUUUAAGAGUGAAUACCUCACUAGUUAUGUUUCAGGUUUUUGGUUUAAAUUGUGAUUUUCCAUACAUGAUAUAAUCUAUUUUUGUUGGGCUAAAAAGAAAGUUAAGGAGGUUAGAUUUUAUUCCUUUGAAUGAUAUGUAAUUCUGCUAGUCUUUUUGUUUUACAGAAACGGCAACAAAAAAGAUGCAAGAGGAGAAUAAUCUGAGAAGUAACUAAUAAUGAUUUAAUUUGUCUUGUUUGAUAGUAGAUGAAGUCUGUGUAUUAAUAAAUGAUUAUCAUAAUCUUGCAGUUAUGGUUUUCAUGGUUUGUUUAAUAACAUUAAAUAACCUGAGCUAGUGGGAGCAUAUAGAUAUUUAAUAAGAGGAGUCCCAGGAUUACACCUUGGGGUACCCCGUAUGAGACUUCAUGGAACAAAGAGAACCCAACCAGAACCAAAGGUGGAGAUUUGUUGGUGAAGGGAGCUGAGAACUGAUCCAGGUGUCAGUUGCCCGAUGCCAGGUUUCUUUUCUCUGUAAUGGCUUUGUUAGCAGUGGGGGUUGCUGGACAUUAAGCACAAAUUGUCCAAUAUUAUUAACCCUGUUUACUGUCAUCCCCAAAUUGGAAUGGGCCAGUAUAAUAACCUCAGGUAGAAAUAUCACAAUUUCCUGAUGUCACAGUAUAAAUACAGCUCUAAGAUGUGUUAUUUUAUAUUUUCUUUAGCAUGCUUUGAUGGGACUGCGUCAGAAAUUUGCCUCUUUAAUGUUUUCUGUUCUAAAAGAACUAGGAUAUAUGUGAAUUUGACUGCAAUUUUAAACUAGCGUAUCACCAUUAUAGUGAUAAACUCUAUUUAUCACAUAUUUGUAUUAAUAGCACAGAUUGUCUGUCAUCUUAAUCCCGUGUGAAUUGGCUGUUAAUCAUUUCUAAAGUAAAAAUUCCCCUUAAAUUACCUAUACUAUACCUUACUAUAUUUGUCUAUGAUGGAUUUUUAUGUUUUUGCGAUUGAAGCACUUUGAGCUGUCAUAUUGUUGAAAUGUGUUAUACAAAUAAAUUUGGUUGAUCGAC